AUGAUUCCUGACUGGAUCAACGCUUUCGCCGCCCAGCAUCCUGUAGGUGCUGUGAGCACCACUACGAGCUCCCCUGUGAAAAACAGACCAUUCACAGCUUGGAGUGCGCUCGACGAUGUGAAGACGAAGGCCGAUGACAUUGCCCACGAGGCGAGCCGGGAAUUUGAUGUCGCAAGCCAGAAGGCCCAGGCGAAGACCGGCAAGAUCGAGCCUGGAUCGCUGAAGUACUAUGCAGCUUGCACAUUUGGUGGAAUGCUGGCAUGUGGCCUUACCCACACUGCCGUGACACCCCUCGACCUGGUCAAAUGUCGCCGCCAAGUCGACUCCAAGCUCUACAAGAGUAACCUACAAGCCUUCAGCACUAUCCGUGCAGCUGAAGGUAUUCGCGGUGUUUUCACGGGCUGGAGCCCUACCUUCUUCGGAUACAGUGCCCAAGGAGCUUUCAAGUACGGAGGAUACGAGUACUUCAAGGUCUUCUACAGCGACCUGGUCGGCCAGGAAAACGCGAGCCGGUUCAAGACUGCCAUCUACCUGACAGCCAGUGCCUCGGCAGAGCUUAUCGCGGAUGUAGCGCUCUGCCCAUUCGAGUCUGUCAAAGUCCGCGGUCAGACUACCAUUCCUCCUGAGAUCACAGGUACUUUUAGCGGUAUCUCGAACGUCGUUUCCAAGGAGGGCGUUGCUGGUCUGUACAAGGGUCUUUACCCACUGUGGGGCCGUCAAGUUCCCUACACGAUGAUGAAGUUUGCUUCCUUCGAGACCAUCGUUGAGAUGAUCUACCACAAUCUGCCAGGCCAGAAGUCCGACUACAACAAGGGUGCACAAACUGCCGUUGCAUUCACGGGCGGUUACCUCGCUGGUAUCCUUUGUGCUGCGGUAUCGCACCCUGCCGAUGUCAUGGUCAGCAAGUUGAACGCGAAUCGACAGGCGGGUGAGGCAUUUGGCGCUGCUAUGAGCCGCAUCUAUGGUGACAUUGGCUUCCGGGGAUUGUGGAACGGACUGCCUGUUCGUAUUGUCAUGAUCGGUACUUUGACCGGACUCCAAUGGAUGAUCUACGAUUCAUUCAAGAUUUUCAUGGGCCUUCCUACUACAGGUGGCUCAAAUCCCCAAGUCCACUUGUCUACAUCUCUCCCUGUACGACUUGAACCUACUCUGAGAACCUUAGGAAACCGUCAAGGCAACAUUGGCCACGACACCACCGAAUACGUCGAUGGCGAGAUCGUCCGCGAAGGCCCCUACGGCGACCAAGGUGAUGGCGCUUACUCCGCCGGCGUGAGUACCUCUACCUUUCACACCAAACCCAAAUCCAAGCCCAAGUCUCCAAUUCCCACUGAUGCAACCCCCACUGAUGAAUCCACCCAGCGAGGCGGCGCAGGAAAUAUCGGCUCCCCAAUGGUCCGGCCCUCGUCUAAGGUUCCCCACGAUACAGACAUGAUCCCCGAGCUUGCGGUGCGCGACUCAACAGAUGAAACAUACCAUACCGGGGUAAGCAGAGAGCUCUUUCGCUUGUUUACCUUCGAUCUGUUUUACGAUCCCUGA